CGGGCUGCGACUCCCUUCGGGUCUCCGCGCAGCUGCGGGAGCGCUCGAGGCAGGCCGCCGCGUGACUCUGCUGGGCUGGAGUGGGGGCUGCUAGGGCUGCUUCGGGUGCCUCCUCUGGCUUGAGCCGGCGCCACCACAGCGGCCUCUUUUUGGUGCCAGAUCCGGGGACGCGUGUGAGCUCCGGUGCCGCAGGGGAGGGGGGAGGCGCAGACGCGGCCUCCGGGGACCCCGACCCCAGGCUACUGUGACCCCCGGGGUGCUUUGCAGGGGCCGCUGCGGCCCACACCCAGCUCCUGCACCCCUUUGCGGCCUUGUGUGCGGGUAGAGCAGCUCGAUGUCGGGGGCCACAGCGAUGAACCUCCUGGAGGACUGGUGUCGGGGGAUGGAAGUGGACGUGCACAGGUCCUUGUUGGUCACGGGCAUCCCCGAGGACUGUGGCCAAGCGGAACUCGAGGAGACCCUGAAUGGGGUCCUCGCCCCCCUGGGCACAUACCGCGUGCUCAACAAGAUAUUUCUGAGGGAAGAGAAUGUCAAAGCGGCCCUCAUUGAGGUGGGCGAGGGCGUGAACCUGAGCGCAGUCCCCCGAGAGUUUGCGGGAAGGGGUGGCAUCUGGAAGGUAGCUUGCAGGGAUCCCACCCAGGAUGCUGAGUUUUUGAAAAACUUGAAUGAAUUCCUGGAUGCUGAGGGGCGCACCUGGGAAGAUGUGAUCCGUCUCCUACAACUGAACCACCCCCCGCCACCCCAGAGUGCAAACCAGGCCUCCGAGAAUUGGGGAGAAGCGUUGGGGGUGCUCCUGGGAGCAGUGGUGCAGGUCAUCUUGUGCAGGGAUGCUGAGAUCCGCAGCCGGGAGGAAGCUCGGGCUCAGGAGGCCGCUGAGGCAGAGGAGGGGGCAGCUUGGGCUUUGGCAGCAGGGAAGAAGGUGAAGAAGGAGCCACGGCUUGCCACGGAGGUGGGUUUGGCCCUGAAGAUGGAGAGCCCCACCCGCUGGAAAGGCAUGGAAGACCAGGGUGACCCUCCCAAACUCAUAGUUCGUAGGGCUGGAGCUAAGGCUCGCUCCAGGAGAAAGAAGCAGAAGAAAACCCCUAAGCAGGAACCAGUGCUCUGGAAAAAGCCCAAAGGCAGCCACGGCAGCAGCUCGGCCUACUUGGAGGGGUUUGGGGUGGGUGAUGUGGAAAGAAUGGAGAUCAGAGAGUUUGGCAAGAGCCUCAGAAAGCAGGCGGAGCAGGAGGAGCCGCCUUUAAGGAAGCCCAUGGGGACAAGUGCCUGGAAGGUUCCCAGAGAGCCAUCUCCUGAUACCCUGGGGGGAGCCGAGAGCCCUGAAGGCACCUCUAAGUCAGACCAGGGUGGUGGUCAGGGGAGGCCACUGAAAAAGAAGGCCACAGGCUGGGCCUCCGGAAAGAGCCUUGGCCCGGUAAGGAAGAAGAAGAAGGUGACUUUGGGUCCCAUCUCUUAUGUCCUUGUUGAUUCUGAAGAUGCCAAGAAGAAGCUGAUGGUUCCAAAGAAAGGGCUAGGCUCCAGAAGGGCUACAUCGGCACAGAAGGCCCUGCAUGGGCCUCACCCUGCUGCAGCGCCAGCAUCAAUGUCCAGGCGUCCGAAGGCCAAGGCCGCAGGCUCUCCUCGUGCCUCCAAUGAUUCCGGCAAGCUUUGAUUCCGAGGACCACCUGUGCUGGGAGUUGAAGAAAGACCACGGAAGAAGUCCCAAGCUGGGAGCAGAGUUUUCACUUGCUGUCAAAGGGAACAAAAGUGUUGACUCUUGGGGGGACCCGGUGUGUAGAGAUGUGGCUCUCAGAGGUAAAGGACAGGAGAGGGAGCAGAGGGGUGUGAGGGGACCACAGGGGAGGGCGCUGUCUCUCUGCCUUUGUGCUCUGGCAGGGCUGCCUUUUUUCUUUCACUUCCUCCUUCACUCACCCUCAAAGGCUAGAGAGCUGGAAGUAGCCUGGGAAAAUUCUAGAACAUUCCCCAGUGUGCGUGGGCAGGGUCCCCUUCAGCCUCCCUCGCCCACUCCCCGCUUCCUGGGGUCAUCCGACCUUCAGGGCCUGGCAUUUUGAGGAGCAGGGUGGCCACAUCUUUCCUUCCAGCCUCCUUGUGGCUCCCCAGUGGGUGCGUGAAGCCGGGAUCCUCCCUGUAGGCUCCGUGUGCUUGUUCCUUCUGUCCUGACUUCGCCCUCCAAUGUCUACCCGGAAAGCUUAGGUCCUAAGAGUUCUGGAAAACAAACAAACAAACAAAAAAAAUAAGUAUCUGCCUUGUGCUUGAAAGAGUGGAGUUUCAGGGUCUAUUAGUAAAAGUGGCACUUGGAUCCCCAUUUAUGGGGUGAAGCUUUCUCAGGAAGCCUGUGGGGAAGAAAGGUAACUGUUUGGGAAAGAUUGGACUUCUCUAGAUUCUUGGCUCUUGAUCUAUCUCGUGCCAAUUUUAAGACAAACCCACUGGAUGCUUUGGAGGCUGACGGCCACUUUCCACGUUAUGGUGAAAAGAGGGACAAAAUGGGGAAGGAAAAUGCUUCACAAUAUGGCUGUUAAUUUAGGCACAGUAAAUCAAUCAUCCCAGACUACUGUGUCCCAAGUGUGUGUGCGUGUGUGUGUGUGUAGCGUGUAUGGUCUGAGGGGCAGUGUCUCCAAGGCCAGACUGUAUCCUGGCAAGUCCCGAGGCAUUCCUACAGAAGUGAUCCACAUCUGUUUUUUCAUGUGUUUUAAGGUGUGGGAAAUGGCUGCUGCAGUGUGUGACAGUUCACAGCAGUCAGGGCACCGCCAAGGGAAUGAGCUCGUGUUUGAAGGUUCACACGUCCGUGUGCAGGUCUGGAGCCUGCUGUUCUGGCUUGUCUUUGGAUAGAAUUACAUUUCUUGUAGCCAGGACUUUGAGGAAGGCUGGAAGCAGUGGGUAGUGGGUCCCAUGGGUGCCCUGUGAGGCGACACUUGGAAAGGAAGCUUCCUUUUGUAACCCAUGCGCCCUGGUCCUGCAGUGAUUCUGCAAGCGCUCAUGUGCCACCCUGGUGUGUGAUAGUGAUAUUCUGCUGCCCUAGAUUUAGUCUCUGUGGCUUUUCAUGGUCUCUCUUCUGACUUCAGUUUUUUUGUGAUUAAAAAAAUGUGACCAGUUGUUAAAUGUUGGUACUCAAUUUUAAGACACACUUCUUGUGGUGAUUCACUUCAAAUGUAGGGGCGGGGCUCCCAGACCUAAGAGAAAAAGGACCCUUUUGCCUCCUCUGGCUGGAGGGUUUCCUUGGGUGUGUGCAGAACAGAUCCUAGGAAGGAACUGGAUGCGUGAGGUGACGGAAGCCUGCAGUUGUCCUGUCCCUUACUUCACAGGUCUUAGGGUUUUGUGACUCCGUGAUCAGUACAUGUGAAUGUUCGUAACCCCAUGAUCAGUACGUGUGAAUGUUAACCUGUAAAAUAAAGUUCACCAAAAUUAAA